CGUUGGCCCGGAAGGGGCCGCGCGGCGGAGAGCAGCGGCGCGCUGAUGGGGUCCGGGUCGCGGAGCCCCGCGGGGCGCUCGCGGCACCGGAGCCGCAGGGAGGCGGGCGGGUCCCGGGAGAGGAGGCGCCGCCGCCGGUCCCGCUCCGGCUCCAGCGGCGCCAGCAGCGAUGGAGGCGGCCGGGCUCGGGGUCGCGAGACGCGGCGGCGCAGGAAGCCGGGCUCGGGCUCUGACUCUGAUGAGAGGCAGAGAUGGGGAAAGAAGAAAAGCAAAAGCAGGGACCGGCACCGCAAAAGCCAGAAGAAACGCCGCUCUCGGUCACGGGAUCACUUCUCUAGCUCAGACUCUGAGGCAGAGAGAGAGAAAAAAAGAGGCCGCAGCAGAGAGAGGAGAAGAAAGCGAUCCCAUUCCAGGUCUUCUGUGUCCUCCGUCACAUCUCCCUCUCCUUCACGUUCCCACAGCUCCAGGGAGGAGCUGGGGCAACAGCUGAGCCUUCAGGAGCGACUCAGGCUGAAAGAGGAGAAGAAGAAGCAGGCUGAGAUGAUGAAGGCGUUGGAAACACCAGAGGAGAAGAGGGCUAGGCGGCUGGCGAAGAAGGAAGCCAAGGAGAGGAAAAAGCGUGAGAAGAUGGGCUGGGGGGAGGAAUACAUGGGCUACACCAACACUGAUAACCCCUUCGGGGACAACAAUCUGCUAGGCACCUUCAUCUGGAGCAAGGCCCUGGAGAAGAAAGGGAUCGGUCACCUGGAGGAGAAAGAACUGAAGGAAAGAAACAAACGAAUCCAGGAAGACAACCGCCUGGAGCUGCAGAAGGUGAAGCAGCUGCGCUUGGAACGGGAGCGAGAAAAGGCAAUGCGCGAGCAGGAGCUGGAGAUGCUGCAGCGGGAGAAGGAGGCGGAGCACUUCAAAACCUGGGAGGAGCAAGAGGACAACUUCCACCUCCACCAGGCUAAGCUGCGAUCAAAAAUCCGGAUCCGGGAUGGCCGUGCCAAACCCAUCGACUUGCUGGCCAAGUACAUCAGUGCAGAGGAUGAUGACCUGGCGGUGGAAAUGCAUGAGCCAUACACAUUCCUGAAUGGCCUGACGGUCUCCGACAUGGAGGAUCUGCUGGAGGAUAUCCAGGUUUAUAUGGAACUGGAGCAGGGCAAGAAUGUGGAUUUCUGGAGGGACAUGACCAUUAUCACUGAGGACGAGAUAGCCAAACUCCGUAAACUAGAGGCUUCUGGAAAAGGCCCAGGAGAGCGCCGAGAAGGAGUCAAUGCCUCCGUUAGCUUGGACGUGCAGUCAGUGUUCAAGGGGAAGACAUACAACCAGCUGCAAGUGAUCUUCCAAGGGAUCGAGGGCAAGAUCCGAGCCGGGGGGCCCAACCUGGACAUCGGUUACUGGGAGAGUUUGCUGCAGCAGCUUAAAGCGUAUAUGGCCCGGGCCAGGCUUCGGGAGCGGCACCAGGACGUGCUGCGCCAGAAGCUGUACAAGCUGAAGCAGGAGCAGGGAGUGGAGAGUGAGCCUCUUUUCCCCAUCCUGAAGAAGGAGCCGUCUUCUCCCAGCAACAGGCCGGACCCAGAGGAGAGCGCUCCAGCGCACCCUGGCCCCUCCACAGCGGGAGCCUCCUCGGAGGGGGGUGGAGAGGCAGAGGCCAAGGGCGAGGGGGAAGGGGAAGCAGUGCUGAUGGAGGAGGACCUGAUUCAGCAGAGCCUGGAUGACUACGAUGCCGGGAGGUACAGCCCCAGGCUGCUGAACUCCCACGAGCUGCCCUGCGACGCCCAUGUGCUAGAGGCUGAGGAGGAUCUCCAGCGGCUGCUGCUCUUGAGACAACAGCUCCAGGCCACAGGAGAUGCUAGCGAGAGCGCCGAGGACAUUUUCUUCCGCAGGGCCAAGGAGGGCAUGGGAGCCGACGAGGCCCAGUUCAGUGUGGAGAUGCCCCUGACGGGCAAGGCCUACCUAUGGGCCGACAAGUACCGGCCCCGGAAGCCCCGCUUCUUCAACCGGGUCCACACAGGCUUUGAGUGGAACAAGUACAACCAGACACACUACGACUUCGAUAACCCGCCACCCAAGAUCGUGCAGGGCUACAAGUUCAACAUCUUCUACCCUGACCUGAUUGACAAGCGCUCCACGCCUGAGUACUUCCUGGAGGCCUGCCAGGACAACAAGGACUUCGCCAUCCUGCGCUUCCACGCUGGCCCGCCCUAUGAGGACAUCGCCUUCAAGAUUGUCAACCGCGAGUGGGAGUACUCGCACCGCCAUGGCUUCCGCUGCCAGUUCGCCAAUGGCAUCUUCCAGCUCUGGUUCCACUUCAAGCGGUACCGUUACCGCAGGUGAGGGCGUCGGCCUUCCACCCGUUGACUCUGGGCUGCCUCCCUUUUGGAGGGUCCCUUUGCGUCAUUGCCGGAGCCGUGGGCGAGCUCUUUCACCUCAAAGGGUGCAGGUUCUGCGUACGCAGCCCCUGCUCUGUACUGUGGGGGCAUUCCCUGCCAGUGGGCCCUCUGGCGUACUCUGUAUAUUGCUUCGUGUCGGGGGGGGGGAGGAGGGCAGAGAGGGGGCUCUCCUCUCCUUGUGUUUUUAAUGGGCUCUGGUAGGGGAUCCUGGGAUGGGUGUGGUGCGACUCACCCAGCAAAAUAAACCUCGAUUCUCUAAACCUGGCGCUCCGUGAGCAAGAGCCCCGCAUGGCCUCUGGGCCACAAGGGGCCAGGAGAGCCCCGAGGCAGUGCUAUCCUCCUCCUGCCAUCUGCAAGGCAGCUGCUGGAGGGUGGCCAGCACUCAUGCUUAACUGUGUCUUCAGUUCGACCAGUCGCUCCCUGGAAAAGCCGUCUGCUCCCAUGGGAGCUCCCCUCCUCUCCCCUGUCCAUCCUUGCUGUGGGAAGCUAGAAUCCCAGGGCGCCGCCCAUAGCCAUCAGCCCAUCCCAGAUAACCACAGACGCUGAGCUGCCACCAGCUGCUCCUGGGACACCCCCCCCCCACAGGUGCACUAGUGUGGAAGUGUGCGUGCACAAGCAGAGGGAUGUGGCAUGAGGUAAAACCACUGUGCCAGACCUGCCCCCUUCCCCUCGCUGCUGGGACGAUUCCCAACCUUGGGGGCCAGUGAGAGCGUAGCGGGGCUGAAGGCGUCAGUUGGUGUCUCAGGGGGAGGGGAUGGUGAGCAGCCAGCACAGUGCUGCAAGCUUCCAGCGACUGCUGCUCGGCACCCAGGUCCCCGCGCUCCAUUCCCGGCUCAGCCCUCAGCUGGGGCCUUGCUUCUCCAGGGUCCGUUUGAGCCUCCUUGGCUCCCUAUCAGUCAUCUGAGCACCUGCUGCCCCAGUCUGACUGCAUCAGUCCAGCCCCUUGCCAUGCUCUGUGCCCCCCCCCACUGUCACCUGAUUGUCCACAGGGGUACAGAGGUGCAGAAUAGAACCCAGGCAUCCUGCCUCCCAGCCUUCUUUACUCAAAUUGCCCCAUAUGCUCACCAGUGGGCUGCCUUCAAUGUGGGGCUAUCCCCUGCUACCCCAGCCUGCCCUGCCAGGCCACUCUGCAAGCUCCUAACUCCCCUGUUGUAGGGAGCAAGGGUCACGCACUAGCAGCCAGCAUCCUGUGUGCUGACAGGCCUAGCACUGAGGAGCUGACUCUGUGUCCUCAGCUGACUGGGCCUUCCCCUGCUGAUGGUUUCCAGGCCUGAGCAGCCCAUGCCAGACUCCUCUCAAUGGAGAUGUUCCCCAGAAGUGGCCUCAGCGCCCUUUCUUGUGGGGCCUUCAAUGAGAGAUCCUGCUUUGGGAGCUUGCCCUGGGAUGCUUCCCUCCCUUCUCAGCUAGCCUAGAUUCAAUUCUCUGCUGGGAGCCCAGCACCCUCUGCUCCUGCUGAUACCACCUCUGCCCCUUUCCAGGACCCACACUGCCUUCCGUGGCUAAGAUGAAAGUAGCUGAGGGCUGGUGUCUAGCUGGGAGGGUGAGCACGGGGCCAUGCAGGGAGGUUUUUACCCGCCAACUGUUGCUCUGUUGCUGAACUUGGAUCGAGCGCGCUGUCCGGUUCUACAGACAGUCACCUGGGCCACGUGCCUAGGACAGUCCUGGCCUGUCAGCAGCUGGCACCUCCCAAGCUGCCCCUCUCCAGCUGCAUCUCCCCCUACCACCCCCCUUUUUAAGCCAAGUGGAAGUCUCACGGGCUGGUCCUGACAGCUCCUUCUCCAGACCCAUCUCGCCUUGGCUGAGGGCCCAGGGAGAGGGCGGCAAGGAGGGCCCAGGGCCUGCCCCCAUCCAAGAAGGGCACACGCUCCCAGUGCCUGCUCCCAGGCCCCUCAGCUCUUCGAAUUGCAGUUUCCUGGCCGUGAGCAGGAGGCAGCAAAGGCCGGGGAGCUGGAAACGCAGCUCAGCGUAUUGAACCCUCUAGGUCACCAGGGUGCUGGAGCACGGGAUGUGAGAAGCAGAAGCUUUUGUGCAAGCCCCAAGGCUGUUGUGGAUACAGAAAUAACAAGGCCAGUGCUGUCUGCCGCCGCUUUCAGAUUCCUCGUGGACCAGACCAGCCUGCAAUCUGGCUGCCAAUCCUCCCCAGCUCCCCUAAGAGUGUGAAGCGCAUCCCUGGGGUUGUUUAAUGGGGGCGGGGAACAGAUGAUCUCUUGGAGCUGCUAAUGAGCACGAGGAUUUAGGAGACAAUAAACAAGGGCUUGAGGGAUUCCAGUUGGGAGCAAAGUCUGGCCCGCAGAGGAGCCUGCGCUUUUAAGCAGGAGAGCCUGUGGGCUGGGAGGUGCCAGUUGGGGGCCAGGAUAGCAUAUGGGCUAGAUAUUGUAUGUGUUGGACGUUAGUAUUGGGCCAGGGCAGCAUGUGGGCUGGAAGCUGGUAUAUAGGCCGCCAGCUAGUGUAUGAGUGGGUAUAGCAUGUGGGAGGGGACAGCAUAUAUACUGGGACGGUGUAUGGGCUUGGAGACAGGCAAAGGCAGGACUUUCCUGGUUUGAACACAGCAUUUGUCCUGGGAGCUCAGGGGUGAUUUUGAACCAUGCAUCAGACCAGCACAGCCUCUCCUGGAGCCAGGGUUAUACUGAUCUACAGACGCCAUAUCCCAGUAUAGCUCGUUCCCCUUCCUGUUCAGGGCCAGCUCUGUAGGCAUAAGUCCUCUUUACACCGGGGUUGAUGCAUCCACGCUCUGGGUGGGCCGUGGUUAGAGUGAGACAAUUUGUGUGUCAACAGGCCUGACUGGGCUGGGGGCAAUCUAGGUCUGGUGGUUAGAGCAGGGGGCUGCGAGCCAGGACUCUGGGGUUCUCUCCCCAGCUGUGGGAGAGGAGUGGGGUCUGGUGGUUAAAGCAGGAGGUUAGGACUCCUGGGUUCUCUUUCCUAUUGGGGAAGGGGAGCGUAGUCGGGGGGAUGCUCUCAGGACUCCGGGUUUCAAUUCGUACCACUCACUUUCUGUGACCUUGGAUACAUCCCUUCUCCUCUCUGGGCCUCACGGGAUCAGCGAAUUUACCCAUGUCACAGAGGGGUGGGGAAACUUCUUUCUUAAAUGCAUGCUAAGGUGUGGGAGCUUCUCAGAUGACAGGAGCUAAGGAAAGGCAGAGGACGAUUCAUUCCCUCAGUGGGAUCCUGCGGCAUCACAGACAGAGCUAGGGGCGCAGUAUCCCGUAUAUUACUCCACGGAGGAGCAGCUUUCAGCCACUCUCCAGAGGGCAGCAGAGCUUCUCCAAUGUCCCAGAAGCUUGGGCCAGCAGCGAGUGUGCAGACAGUGCCCUUGGAUGAGCCAUACCUACCUCUCCUGCAAGGCCAGAUUCCUGAGAUCAGGGGCAACGUCCUCUUAAACUGCCUGACCUUCACCUUGGAAAUCUCAGUACUUUCCCAGUUCUGAUGCUUUGGUUGGAAAGGAAGCAAUGUCAGGUUGGGGAGGGGGGGUGUUAGCAGGAAGGGGGGAAUACUCAUUUGGGUGGCCCCUUGGCACACCUUUCAUGUGCAUCACACCCACCCCUAGAACUUCAUGCAGUGUGAACAAGAGAUCACGUCCCCAGUGGGCUGCUCGGGGUGAGCCUCUGCACCACGUCUAAUGAGGACAGGAAGUGAGGGCCCUGCAGCUGCACCAGUCCUAUUGGUCCUCCCAGCACAAUCCCACAGUGCCCCUCCAAUGACCUCCAGCUACGGUCUGCAGGAACCGGGUGCAGAGCCCCCCCUCUCUUCUGUCCUCCAAGUGCCCUGGUUCCCCAGCUGUUGCCCUCCAAAGAGCCCUUCCUGUACACCACAAGGGGACCAGCCAGCAGUGCCGGGCCAGGGGAGCCUCUCUUACCUUGAGCUCCCAACUCAGUUUGUUGAGCUUCUGGAAGAGCCCAUAAGUCACGGUCUCCAUCCAUCACCUCUGUUGCAGGGUGUGACAUUAUUAACAUAACCUGUAACUGUAUAGAUCACUGUUGCCACCACUGUUAUAUAUUUGCAGCAAAUAUUGUAUAGAGGUUGUUGUGUAAGGGAUCUAUGGAGAGAUUAUGGUUUGCUGGUUAUGAUUGUGCUGUCUAUAUGUGUGUAUCAUUUUUGUAGUUGAAGUUAUGAAUAUUGGCUCUAUACUGUCUGUAUUUCAAACUUAUGCUGUGCUUCUGGGUGACACCCCAGACAAGUUGGGGUCAGCUCUGCCUAGCCUGCUGGAUGGCCCAUUAAGGACUAUCAGCUAUACAAUGACCCAUUGAGAGAAGGCAGAUACGCCUUGUGACUCAGCCAGGUAUGCCGGGACUUGCCCAUGUGACUCCAGACUCCAUUUUGCUGUAAUUUUCCACAGUAAGAACAAAGAGGGGUUCUUACACCUGGAAAAGACUAUAAAAGACUGCUGCAGCUCCUCCAUCUGGUGGUCUUCAAUCCUACUUCGUACUUCUGGAGGGGCUUUGCUACAGACGGAAGCUCUGCACAAAGGACUGAAUGACCCAUCCCAGGUGUGGACGUUCUCCAGAGACUUGAUUUGAACCUGCCGUUUAUUCCAUCACUGCUACAAGCCUGAAGUAAGAACUUUGCCAUUCCUGUAUGUCAUUGAUUCCAUUUAACCCAUUCUAGCUCUCGUCUCUAUCUUUUUCCUUUUAUGAAUAAACCGUUAGAUUUUAGAUUCUAAA